AUGCACGCAGCGGCAUGCAAAUCUUCGUUUAUUGUAUUAGUAUCAUUAAUUGCUAAGUAUUCCGCCAUUCUGGAACCCGUAGCAAAUAUACUUCAAAUGAAGACACUUGAUAUAGUUAAAGUCAACAAUCAUAUUCAAACUAUUGUUGAAAUGCUAAGAGUUAAUCGGAAGAAUGCGGAGAACGUAACGGCUGAAAAUUUAAAAGAAGCAGGCGAUAUAGCAAAGCCUUUGAAUUUUGAUAUAACUGUCGCUCGUAUUGCCGGCCGACAAAAGCAUAGAAACGACCCUCCAGCCCAAAACCCAUGCGACUUUUCGAAAAGAUCUCUCAAAAUUCCUAACUUAGAUUCAAUCAUUGGAUCUCUACAAGAUGAUGAGGAAGAAUUGGUCUCUAGACCUAUCAUCACUCCUCUUGUUUACUAG